AUGGCAGCUUCAGAUUUCCAUGCCGGACUGACUAGUCCUGACGCCGAGUCUCUGCGUUCAUUUACGGAGACGUUGCCGGAUGAGUAUCACGAAUGGGUCUCUGAAUCAGGGAGAAGCUCACGAAAUGAGCAAAUCCUUGACGAUUUCCCUUGUCCGCCAAGUCGGCCCCAAAAUCUCGACGCCAUUGAAGAAGAGAAAAUAUACCCCACGCCCAGGUCGUCGAUCAAGAAUAUGCGACGAACAGUGACAACAAAUGACAUCAACAUGGGUAUGGGUGUGGCUAUUACAAAUGACCUCCCUCUGCUCCAGCAAAUUAAUCCCUACGAGGAUGCCGAAGAGUUUCACCCAGUGAAAGAGGAAGGCGCAUCUUAUGACUUGAUUGCGCCUUUCGAGGGCGACGAUGCGCCACUCCACAAGCUGGAGCGUGUCUCCGAUGUCAUGUUCGGCACCGAGCAUAUGCUACAUAUUCUCAAUAAUCCGCGCUACCUAUCUCGGUUCCGUGAAUUUCUUCUGGAAGAGCGGCCACGCUCGAUCUCCACUCUCACCUACUACCUCAAUGCCGUCAAAGCCUUCAAGGCAAUUGAAUUUGCAAAUGCGCUGGUGCGCUUGUCAGUUGACGUUCCUCCUGCCGCUAUUCAGAUUGUUCAGCAGAACAGUGACGCUGUGGGGAACACCGCCAACAAAGCUCUGGAACAACGAGUCGAAGAUAGCCUGCGUGCUUUGACCGCCGAAGAACUUCCUGCAUUUAUUACGUCCAGGUGCAUCACCAUCACCAGCAAGAUUGUCGAGGAACGUAUUCGUGGCACACUGCCAAUGAAGUUCCGGGAUACGUCGAAUGCUUUAGCGGAAGUCUUUUGCUUAACGGAUCCAACAAGGCCUGACAAUCCUAUCAUUUUUGCCUCAGAGGAGUUUCAUAGAACAACUCAAUAUGGCAUGGACUAUGUCCUCGGGCGCAACUGUCGAUUCUUACAGGGACCAAAGACAAACCCGAACAGUGUUCGGCGCAUUCGAGAGGCAAUUAAAGAGUGUCGUCAUCACUCUGAGCUGUUUCUCAACUAUCGCCGUGAUGGCUCACCAUUCAUGAACCUUCUUCAAUGUUCUCCUCUUUGCGACAGCCAAGGUCGCGUCAAGUACUUCAUUGGGGCGCAAAUCGACGUGUCGGGACUAGCACUAGACGGCGCACAGAUGGAGUCCUUGAUUGACCUGCAAUCCCGAUACCGCGAUCCUGACGAGGAAAGUGUGGCAGAGAUGCCUGAACCCAGACAAAAAGACGAGUUCCAGGAGUUAUGUGAACUCUUCAGUCCUCGCGAAUUGAAUUCUGUUCAAGAGCACGGUGGCGAUCUCUUCCAGCCGCCGAACAGCCGGACGAGUACGAAGAACCAUCGGACAUGGUUAAAGCGUGGAGGCUCCAUGGAUAGCGAGAAAGAAGCGAUUCGUCUGCGAGAUAUGAAGUCGCCAUUACUCCGUGGGUCUCUUGCCGGUGUGUAUGAAAACUAUUUGCUUGUUCGGCCAUAUCCGUCUUUCCGCGUCCUCUUUACAUCCCCGUCUCUCCAAAUUCCUGGCAUGCUUCAGUCAUCGUUCCUCUCUCGCAUUGGUAGUUCUGCUGCUGUCAAGGAUGAACUUGUAGAGGCAAUGAUGCAGGGGCGCAGUGUGACAGCACGAAUCAAAUGGGUCACCCGAUUCAACACUGAGGGUCGCAACCGCUGGGUUCAUUGCACGCCUUUGAUCGCCAGUAAUGGUCAAGUAGGAGUGUGGAUGGUGGUUAUUGUGGACGACGACGAAGAAUCACUAAUUAAUUGGAGGAACUAA